AUGGAAAUGAUUGCCGUGUAUGGCCUUCUCCGUGCUGUUGACAGGCCUCACCCGAGCACCUAUCUUGGAAUCAUUUCCACGUUCAUUUUGUUCUGCACAAUUGGGUCGAGUGAAAAAUACUCAGCUGUCCAUGUUCCGCUCUGGAGACAGACUGAAGCUUACAAGAUGGAAUGGCAUCAGAUGGUGGGGGACCUCGACGCUCAAUCUCCAAAAAUUGACCAAGGCCCAACUUCCAUGCUGCAGUGCCCGAAGCCAGCCAGGGUAGCCAGGCCAGCAAUUCGCAAGUCGUGCCAGAAACGGUCACCCCACCAAGAUUACCGGUUCCAUUCAUUUCUCGUGGUUGUGGAGUUUUGA